UGAACAGUAUUUGGCAUGAGCUAAAACAUUGAUCAUGAAGCGGCUCUUUAUGACUUGGUCGCUUUUUUGGGUGUUGACGGAAUUUCAAGGCUUAUCUGCUCUUGAACAAUCUUUAUUCCAAUCCAUAUUCAAACAUUACCGGUGUUCUUGGGAAAUAGUGGAAACAAAGAACUGGAAUGGAUUCAAAUCAAGUGCACUGCACCAAUGUUCGUCGGCAUGCCUAGCCAAAGCACAAGAUUGUGAUGGAAUACUUACUGAUGAAACAGGAGAUUCUUGCCAUUUGGUUAAUAACACUUCACGGAUCUUAUGCUAUGAGCAAUUCGCUACGAACAAUGAUAUGGAAAACAUUCUCUUGGGAAAUCACAACAUUCGAUCCAUUGAUUCGGAUCUGUUCGUGGGGUUUCUAAAUUCAACCGAAGCCUAUUCCUUGACUGAUUUGUCAAUGAGUUUACCAUCCCGCACAAUAUCCGUCCCAAUUUUUCGUGGGGCAUUUAAGGGCUUAACCUUGAUGUUUGACAAUGGCAUUUUGGCUUGUGUGGGUCACCCUAUGGUUUGUCACCAUUGGAACACAGCCAAUAAUGCAUGGGUCGAUUUUCCAAGUCCGAAUUAUUCUCAUCUCCAAGGAGGUCUGGUUCUAUUUGACGGUGCUCCAAUGCUAGUCGCGGGUUGGGACGGAGUGAACGCCGCUCAAAAUUUAGACUCCGUGGAGACCUAUGAUCUCAAUUCAAAGACUUGGAAGCCUGGCGUGACGCUUCCAAAACCAAUGAGAUCUUCAAUCAUCCAAGCCCUGAAUGAAACAACUGUGAUUGUCAGUGGUGGUUAUGGGGAUACUAGACCAUUAAAAGAGACUUACAAGUUGGUUGCCAAGUCAACGGUGUGGGAAAGGCUGGAAGACCUACCAUUUACUUGGAGUUCCCAAGCAUCAACAGUUUUCUCAUUACCAGGCUUAGGGAAAGGAAUCUUUGCGGUUGGUUACUAUUGCGGAUCAUAUAAUCUAUUUGAGAGAAAAGCGUGGUUUAUGGCCGAAUUUGAUUUGACUUGGAGACGCUUGGAGGCUUUUGAUCUGCCCACAGACCUCUCGAUUAUGGAGGGUCAGAUCUAUCGGGUUGUGGACAAGGUGAUCGCUGUUCCAGAUUAUGAAGCAAUUGCUGGCGGAUCUAACGGCUUUAAAGAGACAAUGAAAAUUCUUACCAAAAACGUGUUGAAUUUGAGCAAUCCUUGGAUGAUUCAUGAAAUGAAUGUUUCUUUGAGUGGAAAAGCUACCUAUGCCCUGGAAGUCAUGGAAUAUGUGAUGGCGUGAUUUGUGAAUCUACCUACAACUGCUUGAUGCCAAAUGGUAUCUUAAAACCAAGAGCAAUAGCUUGAAUUCAUGAAUUCAAACAAACCGACACAAUUGGACUAUUACACUAUGGCGGUCACUUGGCACAAGCAAAGUAGAUUUUUAUUAAACAACAUUUGUUUCAAACCAUUUCCGUGAAAAUUCCUCGAUUGCUUCACUUAUUGGGGCUAAUCAUUAACUCGUAAGAGAAAUAUUUUCUACAUACCUUUUCUUGUUCAAACUGUGACACUCGCAUUUUUGGCUUUCGCCCUUGUGUUUGGGAGAUUUGGGGUUUUGCAAGGUUUUUCAAGGGUUUGUCAAUCAAGUCCUUCCUCCUAGCCAUCACGGGUUCCGACACAUUUUAGCAUGGUUACUCAACUGAUUGAGCAUUUAGAGCAAGUCAU